AUGUCAUCAAGGCCUCGAGCGAAGAGUCGCUUCGUGGUAUGGAAGACUACUAAGCGCAGCCAGUCCCCUACCAGAACGGCUGAGAGGCAGCAUGGGAUCUACUGGCGUCGCUCCUGGCUGACAAAUGCCGCAUUGUCUGCCGUGGGCAUUUUACUUUCUUGUCUCGCCGCAGGUCUGGUGGUACUACGUCAAAGCAGUCUUCGAACCAACGGCAUUGAGACCCUGACCGAUAAUCACUAUCUGUGGACAUAUGGACCGACGGCACUGCUGGUGUUUGUUGCCGCAGCAUGGCGCCAACUCGACCACGAGGUGAAGAUACUUGUCCCAUGGGCAGUAUUGAAAGAUGGCAAUGCGCAAGCAGAGAAGAGUCUCCGCCUAGAUUACGUCUCGCCUCUACAGAUUGUGAGCUUUGCGCAGGCUAUUGGCAACAAACACUUCGCUGUGCCAGCCAGUGUAUUCGGUUUUGCGCUGUUGAAAGGGAUCACUCUAGCAUCGACAGCACUUCUUGAUGUACGCGAUGUGGCUGUUGAAGUACCAUCGGAUUCCUUGGUGCAAACGAGUCGUUUUGACGGUACUUUGUUCAACGCAACCGCAUUCACACUCGGAACCGACUCAUCUCUAGUGUAUAAUGCCUUCGGCAUCUCAUCAUAUGGUCUUGAGCGUCAAGACGGCAUUGGAGAUGGAUUCGCUUACGAGACUUUCCUUUCCCAUCCAACCCCCGGUGCAUCCGACAUUGAGUUUCGAGCAAACGUACGCACCUUUGUACCCGACUUCGGCUGUGCGCCCGCUCACGUUACUAUCAAUCCCGAACAUGUCGAUACUCAGCUCACCAACGCUUCGAGGGGCAGAAUCGCAGUCACUUCACCCCGGUGCUCCUUCACAGGUGUUGAACCGACAUUCCUCCUUGACAAGGCCAUCUUGGAAUCGCAGGUAGUCCCCAACAUCCAAAGACGCGCCAGUAUGCAGCGAGUCGACUGUGAUGACUUUAGAGCUCCCGGAUCUCAGACGGAUAAUAUCCAACUUCUUGUGCUCGCUGAGAUUGAAUACGCGCAGGAGUUUCCCGAUGCCUCAGAGUCUGCCACGAGAGGGAUUGGUGACGAGGUCAACGUGACUAGUUGGUCGGCUAAUGUCAGGCGCACCAAGAGCAUAGUCUGCAAUCCGCAUGUGAGCAUCACUAACUCCAGCAUUCUCUACGAGACUUCUCAGACACCAGUGCGGGCAGUUCUUGCCGGAGGUGAGGGCCCACCGUCACUGUCUGAGGCUUUCACAGAUGACGAUUUGGCAAAUGCUUUCACUGCUUCUAUCCUUGAUGGAGCGGGUCUGUUUGGUGUUGCGAGCGCUGCAAAUAGCCUGCUCGAGGAAGAAUCUCCAAAUACGAUGUUUCGGAUGAUGGCGGAUACUGUGUUCCAUGAACGAUCCGAAAUAGGACCUUCAGGUUACGAGGCAUUACUCAACGACGACGUGGGCGAUGACAUCGUGUCAAAUGCAGCCAACACCGUAUUUCGAGCUGUGGCCUCGCAAAUUAUACACAAGAAUAUUCGGCGAACAAUCGAUGAACCUCUACCGGGGCGCCUCUCGUUUCGAACGAAGCGCUUGGUGGUUACAGAACUCUCGCUAUGGUUCAUGUUUGGAGGAUUGUUGCUUCUCGUGCUUGUUACUAUCGCCGUCUGGUGUGUCAGGCCCCGCCCAGCUCUUCCCCAUCAUCCCGAGUCUCUCAUCGCACUUGCCGGCCAUAUACCGCCAAAUGAAGAGUUGGUAGGCCUCGUCAACAGCAGCAGAGACCUCGACAGCAAGGGCAUCGAUGCUAUGUUACGAGCCUACCGGUUUGGCACAUCAUGGUGUCUUGGGCCACUUGACAAGCGCCCAGUCUUUGAGGUAUACUCAACCCGCCCCGCUACAGCUUCGAGUCCUCUCGUUGAACCUGAGCCAAGACCGGACGACAAACAUCACUGGUGGACGCCACUGAUGCUUCGACCAACAAUGGUGGCACUCACUCUUGUGCUUCCAGUGCUUACUAUCGCCACACUAGAGGGUGUGCACCAAGCUUCACUGAAACGCCCACAAGGCACAAUCGUGCUGAUCGACGAAGACGAUGCAAGCAGCGCUCUCGUAUGGCUGAGGACGGUGCCCGCUCUCACCAUGCUCUUGAUAGCCACGUUGUUCAAUUCGAUUGACUUCAACAUCGCACUAUUAGGACCGCUGAGUGCGCUUAAGAUGCGAUCAAUGUCAGUUCCCAGGUUCCCGGACAGAUCUUUCGUUGGUGAUUUGCCGCCCGUGACCCUCUGGAGAGCAGCCAGGCUGCAUCUCUGGCCUGUGGCAGCUUCUACUACCGCAGCACUGGUUGGUAGUGUGUUGACCAUUGUUAUUUCUGGCUUGUUCACCUUCGAUCCAGCGUCGGAAGCUCGUAUUGUUGAUCUCCCCAAGAUCGAGGGUUUCGAUACUACAACAAAGUCGGCGUUGAUAGAUCCAGCAGAUGCAGCUGCGCUUUGCAGUCUUCUCGAGAGCUCCAAUCUGAGCUAUCCGAUCAACACUUACGCAGAAUUCGUGUUCCCGUCUCUCGGCUCUACGGAGGAUCUUGACGAGACUGGAAGCGCUGUCCUGGACCUGAACAUACCAGCCCUCCGUGCGUCACUUGGCUGCGUUGCCCUCGCCUCCGACGCUGUCAAUAUUACGGUGACGGCUAAUCCUCGCAUUAAUGCCGCCAGCGUGAGUCUCAAUGCCCGCGCACGUCUGCCGGAGGGCUGCCAACGUGGAGGGCCCGAUGGCACCCUCCCUUUUAUUGAGAUCCCUUUCUCGCAACAGAUCUCAGGUACCACCAAUGAAUCCUACGUCGGCAAACUCCUAUCCCUCCACGUUGGCCCAUACAACUCCCCCAUCGAAGGCUCCGUCGGUGAAACCGCCCCCAACCAACCCGACAACCCACCGGGCUGCCCCUCCCUCGCUCUGAUCUACGGCCACGUCGACCUCAUCAGCUCGCCCACGCCCAACCUCACAACCCUAGUCUGCACCCAACACCUCCAAUCCCUCGCCUCACACACCUUCCUCACAGCCACGCAACGCAUCCUCAACACCACCCUGCUCUCCGCCGACCCAGACGUCGAACCCUUUCUCCCCGCCUCCCCCACCGAUCCCAACAUCACCGCGUUCCCCUUCCGCAUCCAGCAGCCCCUCGACCAGACCCUCUCCAUUUUCAAUCAGACCACCUUCCCCUCGGCCGCCAACGCCGCCACGCCCGUCGACCAUUUCUUCCAGGGCGUGCUGUUCGGCAAGACCGGGCUUUUUGCGUCGCCGGCCGGCGAGGCGGCCUUUGCGUCCGUGGAAGACGCAGAUCGGAGGGUCGUGUUUGAGAGCGUGCAGAAGUUCUACCGUCGCUAUAUGGCGCAGGCGGUGAGCUUGGCGAUGCGGCAGCCGCUGCCCGCCGGAGCGGUGGCGACAGCGGCGGCGGCGCAGGCGGAUGCGGGGAACGGGACCGAGGAUGGUGAGGGCGAGGUGUGGAGGGUCACGGUGCAUAAUGGGAGGAAGAAGUUGAAGUUGACGAUGCAUCAGGAGAGUAAAGUGGCGUUGCAGGCGAUGCUGGCGGCGAUGGUGCUGCUGAUGGGAUAUGCGGUCUGGGCGGUACGGGCAGGCCGAGAGGUCGUCAAGGGGAAUCCGUGCCAGAUCUGGGGGAGGUUGCAGCUGGUUGUUGGGGGGCCGUUGGCUGGCGAGGUCUAUAGGGGCGUGAAGGAAGGUGAGGAGCCCUGGGGAAGAGAAGGCGCCGGCGGCAGCAACAGCAGCAGCAACAAAAAGGUUCUGCUGGGGUGGUGGGAUCUACCGAGUUGGAAGGGGAGUGGGAAGAGGUGGGGAAUUGAUCUCGUUCGAGAGGGAGUGGGCACAGCGUUGGCGGGGAAGAGAAGACUUGCACCAUCACCCCAAGGGCGAGUGUCCGAGGUUAGAGCUACACCCAAUGUGAGGUCUGGUUGGAUCUGA